AUGGACUACACAGACAUCUAUUUGCGGCAGAGAAGGAACGAAAACACCGCACCGCAGACACAGUUGAGUUCGGCAGGGGUGAAGGCGGCCACAGAACAGCGCGUGGAGCGCGUACUGAAGGGUGCCUUUUCGGUCCAAGAGCUCGUGGAUCGAAUAGAAGGACUUUCCACCCGCGUCGAUGCGUUUGAUGAAAAAAUAGUGAAUCUGACAAGGCUGGUGAAAUUUGCCCAAGGCCUGCAAGAAGAUAAAGAGGGAGAUCUUCGGCGUCAACAACACGAAUUGCGUUCCCGAAUAAAACGACAGGAACAAAUAACAGCCCAACUGCAGGAAGAAAUUGCCAUUUUGAAGGAGAAAGUUCCUUCUGCGAUACGGGAGACGGUUAAAGAAGCUCAACAAGAAAACAGAAAUGAGAUGAUAAAGGUACGUAAGGAAAGUGAGGAACAGCUGUAUCAGCUAAAAAUAGAUCUCGAAGAAGCUGUAAAGACCGUUCAGAAAGAUUUGGAGCAGAAAGUGAUAACUGUGCAAAGGGAGAUUACCACAUCUGCUUCUUCUCAAAAGGAGACUCAAAAUGGACUAAGUGAACAGCUGUCUCUUUUAGAAGAAGCAGUGCGGAGGCUUGAGGCAUCCAGAGUGACCACUGAAUCUACCCGCCUUGAUUCUGUGGAGGCGACCGUGCGGCAGAUGUCGGAUAUGUUGGAUUCUCUGCAGCCCAAAGCCGCCGCCACUUCCAGAGCUUUGGAAGUGCUCGGGGAAGAACGGCAACGCACACAUGACGCCAUUAUGAAUGAGAUUGAGAGCACGAGAGAAUGGACAACACGAAAUCUUCAACGCGUCAAGCAACAUGUCGAAACAAUUUCCACAGACGUCGUGCGACUCCGACACGAACAAGCGGAUGUCGCGGCGCGGCUUAAUAGUGUGAGUUGCCAGGCCGAUGUAGAAUACAAGAAACUUAGAACCCUGUUGCAGCUGAAGUCACGGGAAGCGGACGCCCUUGGAAGCCUCGUGGGGAAAGAGCUCGGAAGAGUGGAGGACAUGAACCAGCGGCACCAAGGGCUAAGAACGGAACCCGGCGCCCUGAAAGGCAUGGCGUUUUAG